AUGGACUUCAACAGUGGGACCAAUAACCUCACCACAAUCCAUUGGUGCUGCAUUUACGUCCAACGAACUCGUGAUACCGGAUCACAAGUAACACCCAAGGAAGAUGUGCCCGCCACUGAGGCGAACAAUCCGACAUUGGAGAGUGACGGCAUCAGCUACCCAGAGACCCGCCAAAUUCGCGCUUAUUACAAGGACAGCAGUGAUGAAGAACCUUCUUCUCCACAACGAGAAGGCGCUCCGGAGGAAAAUCAAUGGACUGGUGAGGAAGCAACUGACUGUGAUGUCCAAGAGGCUCCUGAAUGCGAGGCAGACAUUAUUUAA